AAUGCAACAGUCAAUCAUGGGAAUCGGGACGUAAAUGUAGUCCGAGUUCGGUUUAAUUUUUGUUUCGUGACGAUUAUUUUUUUCGUUAGUAGUGUUCCUUGUAUUCGCCUUCUUUGGUUUUUUAAUUCAGUGAAAAUGUAUUAGUUGUAUCAAUGUGUUGAUUUGGUAUUUCAUGUGUGUGAUUAGUUGAUAAAUUCAACACGAUGAAGGUGGAUUUUAACGUUUGGAGGCGAUGCGCCGCGUUCAACAUUGCCGCAGGAUGCAUCGUGUUCCUCCUCACCGCGCAGCACAGCGACGCGGCGGGCCCUCUCGGCCCCUCCGACCACCCAGAGGCUUACUUCAACGGCAGCUCGUACAUCCGCCUCUCCAGACCGAUAUCACUCAAGCAGCUGGUGGGGCUGAGCUACCGCACUUGCGUUGGCGGCGAGCUAUUCUCCCAGCGGUUCGAGGGUUACACGCUGCACGUGACAGCCCUGUACGAGCAGGUGGUGGUGUCGUGGGCGAGGCCCGGCCAGCCGCAUCGGGAGGUGGGGCUGAUGAAGGAGACCCUCGACAACGUGUGGCACUGGGUCGCGUUGCGGUAUCGGCCCAGCCCGCCGUCCUUGCUGCUGGAGGUCGAUAAGGAGACACAGGUAAUAUCCAACGUGACAUGGAACGGCGAGCUCCUCUCCCCCGGCGCGCUGGAAGCGGGCGGCGCGGUGGUGCUCGUCGGCAACGUGUUCAGCGGCUGCCUGCACGAGGGGCCGCAGCUCGAGUUCCACGCGGCGUACAUGCUGCAGACGAAUGUGCGCUUCGGGCACUGCCCGCUGACUACUGACGAGUGCAAAGAUAGAAAAGACGUGCUCAGGAUACCGCCGAAGGACCACUGCUACAACGAGCCCUGCUUACGUCACGGGACCUGCAUUUCGAGACAUGAUAAAUACGAAUGCCACUGCUCGGCGCGCUACACGGGCAACAACUGCGAGGUGGACGCGGGCGACCCGUGCGCGUCCGCGCCGUGCCAACACGGCGGCCGCUGCGUCGAGGACGCACGAGGCGACUAUACCUGUCUCUGCCCCCCGCAUUAUCACGGCGCGCGCUGCGAGCUGGAGGAGUCGCUGGACCCGCAGUGCGUGGCGCGGCCGUGCCGCAACAACGGCUCGUGCAGCGUGCCGCCCGCCGCCGACGGCUACGUGUGCGACUGCCUGCCAGGCUUUACCGGUCGCAACUGCGAAACGGACAUAGACGAGUGCGCGGUGGCCGGCGCCGCGUGCCUCAACGGGGGCAGGUGUGUCGACGCUGUUAACAACUACACCUGCGACUGUACUAACACUGGCUACACGGGCGCCCGCUGCGAGACGAACAUCAACGAGUGCGAGGAGGAGCGCGCGGCGUGCGCGCACGGCGUCUGCUACGACACGUACGGCGGCUACGUGUGCGCCUGCCUGCCCGGCUACACGGGCGAGCGCUGCCACAAGAUGUCCGCGUGCGCGUCCGGGCCGUGCGGCGUGGGCGGCGCGUGCGUGGAGGAGAACAACGGCGCCGGCUUCCGCUGCGUGUGCGCGCGCGGGCUCGCGCCGCCGCUGUGCGUGGCGCCCGCCGCGCCCGCCGCGCCCGGCGCCCCCGCCGCGCCCGGCGCCCCCGCCGGCCCCGCGUCGCCCCCCGCGCCGCUGCCCGCCCCGCCCGCGCCCGCCGCGCCCACCGCCGGCGCCUGCGCCGACAUGGCGUGCCCGCCGCGCUCCCACUGCAGGCAGGGUGUGACGGGUAUGGUGGCCGGGAUGGUUGUCACCAAACAAGUGCUGUGUGUCUGUGAUGUUGGAUACUUCGCCAACUGCAGCGCGCUGGAGAGCGUGUGCGAGUCGGGCGCGUGCCAGAACGGCGGCACGUGCGCGCGCACCGCCGACGGGUUCAACUGCACCUGCGCGCCGCCCUACAGAGGUACAUAUUGCGAGGUGGGUCCGGCUGGCAAAGCCCUGUCCGAGCUGAAAGCGGAGCGCUGCGCCUCCAACCCGUGCGUGCACGCAACCGCGUGCCGGGAUACGCCCACGGGCUACCGCUGCGAGUGCGAACCGGGCUGGAGCGGCGCCCGCUGCGAGGCGAGCGAAGCGACCGCGGGCGAAGCGUGCGCGCGCUGCGCGAACGGCGGCUCGUGCCGCGCGGACGGGUGCGAGUGCCGCGCGGGCUUCGGCGGCGCGGCGUGCGAGGUGGCGCUGGACUGCCGCGCGCAGCCCUGUCCGCAUAGACAGGAGUGCGUGGAGCAGAGCGGCGCGUGGCGCUGCGCGGCGGCGGGCGCGGAGUCGGCGUGCGCGUCGUCGCCCUGCCACAACGGCACCUGCCUCGCGCUCGACGGCGGCAUCGCGCGCUGCCAGUGCCAGCCGGGGAACACCGGUCGAUAUUGUGAAAUAGAUAUAGACGAGUGUGCGUUGAUGCCCAAAAUUUGUAACCACGGAGUGUGCGUAAAUAUACCAGGAUCCUACCAGUGUUAUUGUAAACCAGGCUACACAGGAGACGGUUGCGAGCAAGAUAUAGACGAGUGCCUCUCGUCGCCGUGUAAAAAUGGCGGGACAUGUCAGAACUUGGAGAACAACUACGAGUGUACAUGUGUGGAAGGUUUCGAAGGCAAGGACUGCUCGAUUAACAUCAACGAAUGCGCGGCGAACCCCUGCGCUAUCGGCUCCACAUGCGUGGACGGUGUCGCCAGCUUCUCCUGCCUUUGCCAGGAGGGCCUCACUGGACCGCGCUGCGAAGUCGAUAUCGAUGAUUGUGAGUCGGAGCCGUGCCAGCACGGCGGGCGCUGCGAGGACCGGCUGAACAGCUUCAUGUGCAACUGCAGCGGCACCGGGUACAGCGGGCCCGCGUGCGAGGUGAACAUCGACGAGUGCGCGCCGCAGCCCUGCCGCAACGCCGCCACCUGCAUCGACGAGCUGAACGACUAUCACUGUCUGUGCCACCAGGGCUUCACUGGCAAGAACUGCGAGAUCGACAUCGAGGAGUGCGAGAGCGCGCCGUGCAAGCACGAGGGCGUGUGCCUGGAGCGCAGCAACGCGAGCCUGUACCGCGCGGCCGGAGCGCCGCCGCUGCAGGUCGGCCCGCAGCCGCACAUGCUGCUGCCGCCCGCCUUCUACCGCCCCUUCGACAUCGAGAGCGCCGGCGGUUUCGAGUGCGUAUGCGUGGCGGGUACGACGGGUGCGCGCUGCGAGACGAACAUCGACGAGUGCGUCUCGUCGCCCUGCGGGCACGGCACGUGCGUAGACGGCAUCGGCAAGUACCGCUGCGACUGCGCACCGGGCUACGAGGGGGAGCACUGCGAGAUUGAGAUCAAUGAGUGUUUGAGGUACGCGCCUUGCGGGCACGGGCGCUGCUACGACCGGCACGCGUCGUACGAGUGCGCGUGCUCGGCCGGCUGGGGCGGGCGCAACUGCACCGUGGAGCUGCGCGGCUGCGACGCGGCGCCCUGCGCGCACCGCGGCACCUGCCUGCCCUGGCUCGCCAACGAGACCGACCACCGCUUCAACUGCUCCUGCGCGCCCGGCUUCUACGGCACCACCUGCGAGAAGAUAACAACAAUGUCCCUAGAGAAGAGCAGCUACGUGGAGGUCAACACGUCCCGCGAGGAGGGCUACGACAUAUCGUUCCGGUUCAAAACGACCCUGGGCAACGGUCUCCUGGCCAUGGGCAGAGGGUUCACGUACUUCUUCCUGGAACUGUCCAAUGGCAGAUUGAACUUGCACUCGAGUCUCCUGAACAAGUGGGAGGGCGUGUUCAUCGGGUCCAGCCUGAAUGAUAGCAAUUGGCAGAAGGUGUUCGUGACGAUAAACUCGUCGCACGUGGUGCUGUCGGCGAACGAGGAGCAGACGAUAUACCCGAUCAGCCAGAACGAGGCGUUCAACUCGAGCGUCACCUCGUUCCCGUCCACGCGGCUCGGCACCGCCGACUCGUCCUACGCGACGCUCAAGCACGGCCCCAACUUCUUCGUCGGCUGCUUCCAGGACGUCGUCGUCAACCAGCAUUGGGUGCUCCCCGAAGACUCGAACGCGACGACACCUGAGUUCAGCACGGAGCGCGUCGGCACGGACUGGGCGGAGGAAGCGGAGGGGGAGGGGGAGGGCGAAGGGGAGGGAGAGGAGGGGGAGGGGGCCCGCGUGGUGCUGCACGGAGUGCGCGCCUCGUGCCCGCGCACCCCGCAGUGCGAGCCCAACCCGUGCCGGUCGGGGGGGCACUGCGAGGACGCGUGGACCACGUUCGUGUGCUCAUGCCCCAGGCCCUACUUGGGGCACACGUGUCAAUAUAACUACACGGCGGCGACGUUCGGGCACGAGGGCGGCGCGCGGCACGCGGUGGUGCGCGUGCGCGUGCGCGAGGCGGCGCGCCGCGCCGUGCACGCCGCGCUCGACAUCUCCAUGUUCAUCCGCACGCGCAAGCCCACCGGACAGAUAUUCUACCUCGGCUCCGGCUCCGCUCGGUUUGGUGGAACAGAUGAAACACUCGUGGGUGCAUCUCUAAAAGGUGGUGAACUGCUGGUCCACCUGCGCUUCAACCACACUCCUGAAGAUUAUACUGUCGGGGGAACUAGGCUGGACAAUGGACACCUGCAUCUUAUACAGGUGGUGCGGAAUUCAACGCUGGUACAAGUGAAGUUGAAUGGAACGGAAUACUUUAGAAAGUCUAUCUCGGCAGCUAAACAACUUGACGCGCAGGUGCUCUACCUAGGCGGGCCGCCAACCCCAGUAUUUCCAGAAGCGACAAACUCCACCGCACCGUAUCCUGAAGAAGAUGACGCAGAAUACUUUAAGGGUGUGAUCCAAGACGUUCAGAUUUCUAACGGGGUGAACGUAACAGUGGUGGAGUUCUUCCCCCUACAGGUGGAGGGGGUGGUGCUGCCCCCACCGUUUGGGGAGGUGGAACUGGAUCCCCAGGGGGUGUUACGGGGUGUGGUGUCCGAUGACGUGUGCGCCUCCACCCCCUGUCACCAUAACGCGACGUGCACCAACACUUGGAACGAUUAUAUGUGCACGUGCCCGCGCGGCUACAAGGGCAAGCAGUGCGACGAGGUGGAGUUCUGUCAGCUGCAGGGCUGCCCGCUCAACUCGCACUGUAGGAACCUCGAUAGAGGGUACGAGUGCGUGUCGAAUGCGACGUUCGACGGCGUGAACACGACGCUGAGCUACACGCUGCGCAGGCCGGCCGCCGACGCGCUCGCCGACCGCCUGCAGCCGCCGCAAUCGCUCACCAUCACCUACAGGAGCAAAGUGGGCGGCACGCUGUUCCGCGCGGAGCUGGAAGAGGACACGGAGGAGGAGGGCGCUGUGGACGGCGAGGUGGAGGGGGACGGGCUGGGGGAGAGGGAGAGGGGGAGGAACAGCACGGGCGCGGCGUGGUUCAGCGUGGGCGUGUACCGCGGGCAGGCCACCGUGCAGUGGCGGCUGGGCGGGCUGCCGGCGCUGCGCACGCUGCGCUCGCGCACCGACCACCUGCAGUGGACCACGCUGCGCCUCUCCUUCGGGGACGGCCAGAUCCGAGGUGCAUUCGUGGACGCGGAUGGGCACGAAGAGGUGAGCCUGACGGACAGCAUCGACGUGGCGGCGUGGCAGCGGCUCGUGACGCGCGGCCUCAUCACGCUGGGCGGCCUCAGGCAUGCCUCCACGCCCAGGCCGAGGGUCGCCUCCACCACGCCUGUGAUGGACAACACAACUGAAGUGGUGUGGGAGUAUUCGGAAGGGGACGAGUUCGAUGACAACCUCGCUGGAGAGUACUUUAAGGGCUGCCUGGGCGCGGUGCACGUGGGCGCGCUGCUGCUGCCCUACUUCACGGAGCAGGAGCUGUUCGUGGGCGCCGCCGCCGCGCUGCUGGCCGCGCAGCCGCACUACGCGCUGCUGUCGGGGUCCCCGUGGGGGUGGAGCGAGGGCGUGGGGUGCGUGCUGUGCCUGGAGCACGAGUGCGGGCGCGGCGCGCACUGCCGCGACGUGCGCAACUCGUACUCGUGCGCCUGCCCGCCGGGGUACGACGGGGAUUACUGCCAGAUCGACAUAGAUGAGUGCGAAAACAACCAGUGCCAGAACGGCGCCACCUGCAAGGACGACGUGGCGAAGUACGUGUGCCUCUGUCCGGAGGGCUUCGACGGCGAACUGUGCGAGCACGACAUCGACGAGUGCCUGUCGAGCCCGUGCGAGAACGGCGGCGCGUGCGCGGACGAGCCGGGCGGGUUCCGCUGCGCGUGCGCCGCCGGCUGGCGCGGCGCACGCUGCCGCCUGCCGCGCGACCGCACCUGCGCGCACCGCCCCUGCGCCGCGCACGCCGCCUGCGCAGACGUCUACGACCCCGCGACGGGCAACAACUACACGUGCGCGUGCGGCGCGGGCUGGGCGGGCGCGCACUGCGACGUGCCCUUCUGCCGCGACGAGCCCUGCCUGCACGGCGUGUGUAACGACACCGUCUCGCCGCCGGUGUGCUCGUGCGCGAGCGGGUACGGCGGGCGGCGCUGCGAGCGCGAGCUGGACGCGUGCGCCGACGCGGCCGCGCCCUGCCUGCACGGCGGCCUGUGCCGCCCGCUCGCCGCGCGCCUCGCCUGCGACUGCCCGCCCGAAUGGCGCGGGCUGCGGUGCGAGGAGGACGUGGACGAGUGCGCCGAGCUGCUGGUGGACUGCGGGCCCGGCACCUGCCGCAACCUGCCCGGCGGCUACACAUGCGAGUGUGAAGCCGGCCUGUGCGGGGAUCGUUGCUCUCUCGUGGACCCGUGCUGGGAGGAGGCGGGGAAUAUGGAAGGGGUUGCGGAGGGAGAGGGAGUGGGCGGGAACCGCACCGGGCCUUGCGUGCGCGGCGUGUGCGAGCAGCGCUGCCGCAACCAGACCGACUACGUGUGCCACUGUCCCGCUGGAUGGGGGGGCAAGGAGUGCUCUGAGGCGCUGGAGGGCGGCGCGGGUGGGGCGGGCGGCGCGGGCGGCGCGGGGGGCGCGGGCGCGCGCGUGGCGCUGGGCGUGGGCGGCGCGCUGCUGGGCGCGCUGCUGCUGGGCGGCGCGCUGGCGCUGCUGGCGGCGCAGGCGCGGCGCAAGCGGGCCACGCGCGGCACCUACUCGCCCUCCGGCCAGGAGUACUGCAACCCGCGCGCCGAGCACCUGCACCACGCGCUCAAGCCGCCGCCCGAGGAGCGCCUCAUCUAGUGGCGACGCCACGGCAACAGAACAAAAGCAAUGGACCUUGUUAGCGAACUCGUCGCGACUGUACCAAAUCAUUAUUUGACUUGUGUGUGUUUAUUGUACCUGCGUGUGUGUGUGUGUCCGUGUGGGUGUCGUCAUGUGUACACUAACAAGCUUUAAAAAUUAUUACAAAAAUCUGCCACUGCGUGCAUACAGUCGGCAACGUAAUGCAAAAUGUUUGAUAGAUAAUUUUUAAUAACUUCACUCAAUCGAAAGUCACUGUUCUAAUAAAAUACUUUGUAAAUACACCCACUGUGUCUGUGCGUAUGACUGUACGUGUAAAAUAACUCGCUAGUAUAUAAGUAAAACAAUGAAUAGAGAAAUGUAUUAUUUCCACUUCCCUCAUCGACUGUACAUUUGACAAUUUAGUAGGAAUAUUCGACGUAUACGUAUUUUAAUGUAGUUAAGUGGAAAUGAAUUCUAAAAUUAUGAAUUUACCGCAGUAGAGUAGUUCGUUCGCUUCACUUAGUCGUAAGCGACACACGUCUAACUAGAGGGCUUUACCCGGCGGAGGGCUGGCGGCGGCCGGGAUGAUAAUUUGUUUAAUAUUUUAAUUUACAUUAUCAUAUUUAUUGAUGUUUUAUAAUGUAUUUAUUAUUGGAGCAUAUUAAUCACAAUGGAAUAGUUUGUGAUACAAUUUUGGAAUUUGAUAGUUUCCCUUUAUGUGUCUAAAGGUAACGAAAAACAAAACAAAAACAAUCUAUACAAAUAAAAAUUACCCGAACAGUUCUGUAAAUUUUGUUUUUACUGCAUUUUUUUUUAAAGCUACACAGAUUGUUAUGGAGAUAAAAAACGUACCACGCGUGAAGCCGGGGCGGACCGCUAGUAUAUUUAUGAGCAAUAAAUAUAAUACCAUUGGUACUGAAUUAUUUAUUAUUAUAAGAAUAUGUAUCGUUGAGUAUUUUCAUUUUAUAUUCAUUCAAUCAGUGGUCACAAUUGAUUUUUCAUAAUUUUAAACAUCCUUGUGAUCCUGUAGGACUCCGCGAACUCGUCCGCCGCCAACCCGAAGCAUAUAUAAUAUUUUGUCUCCUUUACAGCACGUCUGCCUUACUUUUUUAUCUGUAUAUAUCGUAGUGUAAGUGAGACGGAAAGCGUGAACAUUCUAAAUUAAUUGAUAGUGAAGGCGUCUCGCUCGCACACUGGGACCUGCGCACGCGCAAAUCGAAACAACGAUACACGUUUACAUUUUGGAGGCUAUUUUUAUAUGGGAUAAGAUUAAGAAUACUUUAAAGGGGACGUCGACACGGAAUUAUAUUAUAAAUGGGGUUUUAGUGUCGAUAGCAAUUUAAUUUCGUAUAAAAGUAUAUAAUAUUGUUACUAGAGAUGCGCGUGCGACGAGGCUGGCGGCGAGGCGCUAGUGCCUUAUACAGAAGUCUGUUAUAUUGAAAAUUAUAUUAUUAUAAUGAUCAGGCGUCGUUUUUCGAGCGAUUUCAUUAUAUUUAACCUACCUAAUUAAUAAAAUAUGGGUAUACAUAUAUCGUAACUUUAAUGAUUAAUUAUAUUAAAGGAUUAUUCUUAGUGUAUGUCGUAUGUUGUCAGAAUGUGUUCUGUGUGUAUAUUGCAUAGAUUUUUGACAUUAAUAUUACGAACAAAAAAAUAUAAUUAAUCUACGCGUGUCAUCGCUCGUGAGUACGACGCCUACGUGUAAGGACUCAUUCAGUAUAUGUAGGAGCUAGCCUAGAUCUAAGUACACUAGAGUAUGUCUAUAACUAAAUAGUUAAAAUUAAGUCUAUUUGGACCUGUCCCAUAUUUAUAGUGGUAAAAUACAGGUUUAAAGUGGUUUUUCUUAAAAAAAAAAUUAAAAAAAAACUUGGAUCGUUUUAUAAUGUUUGCAUAAAUGUCGGAUUUACUUUCUAUUUUCAUCGACCUUGCAACUGUUUUUAUUCUAUGCUAUUUUCAAUUAUGAACUGCUAUCUCCUUCACUCUCUCUUCCGUUCAUAUAGUCUAUCUCUUUCACCCGUCCAGUAGUGCAACCGUUUAUGGAAACAUCUAAAAAGGACACCCGAUGUACUUAACACCAGUUUUCUGGAAAUUCAAUCAUUGCUCAACUUGUAACAUUCCAAUUAUUCAAUGAAUAUAAAAUAUUUGAUUUAACUUAUUGUUGAUAUGAAAUUUUACUUAAUUAUUUUAACGUUAAUAUUGAGUAUUCUAAUGUAUUUUUAUCACUGUAGUUUUAUGAAUAAUUUAUGAUUACUUAAUAUUUUUGCGAUAAGCAAUAUAUACUAUGUAUUAUUAUAUAAUGGAGCGGGACUAAUACCUGAAUGACGAAUUUUAAAGUAUUAUAUCGGUCGAGUUCACGGUUCGCUGCUUGCUUUUAUAUUUACAUACAAACAAAGAAAAAAACGUAUGCCAAACCAUUUAACGCUCACGAUAUGCUCUGAUUUUAAAGUUAAUCUAUGCAUUACUCAUUUUUUUCCCAUCUUUACACUAUAUUCCUUUUAAAUCACCAAAUCCAUUACAACUUCAUAAAAGAAUAUUUUACAAGUCGGAGCGUGUCUUGAGACGAUAUCGUGUCGGAGCCGGAGCGUGAACUCGUCCUAGCGAUGGGUUAACAUUUGUGAUAUUUUCGUAGUGUUCUUCGCGACCGAACUUUACGGUUAUUUCAAUUGUAAAUACAUAUUAUUUAUUAAUAAUUAAUUAGUGCAAAUUAGUAUUUCUAGUGUUGUAAGUGUGCUUAAUCACUGGGAAGUAAAUUUUUGAAUUUAGUGUUUAAUAUUGAGGCAGCUGUUCGGUUGCGAGCAAUGUUACCGUCCACUGAGCGAAAGCAACUAUUCAUUUGUAUUAGAGUAAGUUUAUCGGCCUUUACUCAUUAAUAAUAAAUAAACAAUAGACUUAAAGAA